AUGUCAAUGCUAGUGAUUCGCACCGCAGUGAAUCUCGCCAAGAGAUCAUCGCCCCUUACAAGAACAGCAGCAUCCUUCGUAUCCACAACGAGACUCAAUUCCACCACCCAGACCUCAACCGCCGCUGAAGUAUCUCCCAAAAUCGCCCAGAUAGUAGAGCAAAUCUCCACCUUGACCCUCCUCGAAACGUCAACGUUAGUAACGGAGUUGAAAACCAAGUUGAACAUAUCAGACAUCGCCAUGCCCGUCGCCGGAGCUGGCGCAGGCCCCGCUGCCUCGGCUGCACCAGUGGAGGAAGAAGAAGCCAAAGAGCCAGUGGAGGAGAAAACCAUAUUCAGCAUCAAAUUAGAGAGUUUUGACGCUAAAUCGAAGCCCAAGAUCAUUAAGGAAGUUAAAGGUUUGCUCGGGUUGAGUUUGGUUGAAAGUAAAAAGUUUGUUGAGAGCGCCCCCAAGGUCUUGAAGGAGAAUGUUACGAAGGAUGACGCUGAGAAGAUCAAGGCUACUUUGGAGGGUUUGGGCGCAAAAGUUAGUUUAGAGUAG